CCAAUGCGAGGACUUCGAACAGCGAAAGAGAUGUGGGAUUAUCUAGAGAAAGUCUACCAACAAUCAAACCUCGCACGUAAGUUUCAGAUCGAGUAUGAUAUGUUUAGCUAUGAACAAGGUGAGAAAACUAUACAGGAAUUUUAUGCUGGUUUCAUGGACUUGUGGUCUGAAUAUGAGUUUGUCAACAUGGGCAAUAUGACCACAGCUUGUUGUAUUCAAAAUCUGAAGACCAUUUAUGAUGAAAGGAAAGUGAUGCAAUUCUUGAUGAAAUUGCGGUCAGAUUAUGAAAAUAUCCGGGGUAAUAUUUUAAACCGUGGUACACUACCAACCAUGGAUAUGGUUUUAGGGGAACUUCUUCGAGAGGAGACAAGAAUAGCAACACAAGCCAUUCUAAAAGGGAAAAGGACUGUUGAGUCAGUUUUUGUUGCAAAACAAGGCUUCGGAAAACCGUUUCAAAGGGAUUUGUCCAAAACUCAGUGUUUUGAAUGCAAGGAGUUUGGCCAUGUGGUAUCGCACUGUAAAAAGAAGAAUGUAUGUGUUUAUUGUAAACAGCCUGGGCAUAUUAUAACUGAGUGUGUUGAAGUUCAACAGAAAGGGGGCAAAUAUUUCAACCGAAAGAAAUCUAAUCACCAAGCUUAUCAUGUUGCUGGUGUUACAUCUGAUGGGUGCAAUACUGAUGUGAAACUGGGCAUGGCUUUUCCCACAGGCUUGCAGAAUGGGGCACCGAUUAAUGAUGACAUUCGAAAUUUGGUACAAAGCUCUGUUUCUUCCUCUAUUUCCUCUGCUUUCUCAGCCAUUGGCUUGUCUGGACCGUCGCACUGGGAUGGUGAAGGGGAAGGGUCGUAGAAUUGGUCGACUAUUUGCUCUGGAGUUUGAGAGGCCGAAUUGUGAUACUUGCCUAUUUACUCAUUCAGAUUCAGAUUUUUCUAUUUCAAAUAAACUUUGGCAUAUG